AUGAAGCUCUCUACCGUCCUCGCGGGCGCGUCGCUCUUCGCCAGCGCCGCCCUCGCAGACGUGGACCCUAUCAUCAUCAAGGGCUCCAAAUUCUUCUACAGUAGCAACGACACCCAGUUCUACAUUCGUGGUGUUGCCUACCAGCAGGAGUACACUGGUGGCGGAGCCGAUGGCAGCGGCUCCAGUUCGAACAACUACAAGGAUCCGCUGGCCGACGCUGCGAGUUGCAAGCGUGAUGUUCCCAUCUUGCAGCAACUCAACACCAACACUAUCCGUGUGUAUGCGGUCAACCCCCAGGCCGACCACACGGAGUGCAUGCAGCUGCUGAGCGAUGCUGGCAUCUAUGUCAUUGCCGAUCUGUCUUCGCCAGGCGAGUCCAUCAACCGGGCUUCUCCCACCUGGAACGAUGAUCUGUACAACCGUUACACCAGCGUGGUCGACGACCUGUCUCAAUACAAAAAUGUCAUCGGAUUCUUUGCCGGUAACGAGGUCUCGAACAACAAGUCCAACACCGACGCCAGUGCUUUCGUCAAGGCGGCCGUGCGUGACAUGAAGGCAUACAUCAAGCAGAAGAACUACCGUCCCAUGGGAGUCGGCUAUGCGACUAACGACGACUCGUCCAUCCGUGAGGACAUGGCUGACUACUUCGCCUGCGGCACCGAGGACGACAGCAUCGACUUCUGGGGCUACAACAUCUACUCCUGGUGCGGUGACUCCAGCAUCCAGAAGUCUGGCUACGACGUCCGAACCAAGGAAUUCUCCACGUUUGCUGUCCCCGUCUUCUUCGCCGAGUACGGCUGUAACGCGGUCCAGCCUCGCAAGUUCACCGAGGUCGACGCCCUGUUCGGUCCUGAGAUGAACGAUGUCUGGUCCGGUGGUAUUGUCUACAUGUACUUCCAGGAAGCCAACGACUACGGUCUCGUUAGUAUCUCCGGCAACUCCGUCAGCAAGCUCCCUGACUUCACCUCCUACUCGAGCCACAUCGCCAAGGCCACCCCGACCGGUGUGAAGAAGUCCGAGUACAAGCCCACCAACACCGCCCUCCAGUCUUGCCCGGCUGUCAACGGCAAUUGGCAGGCCAAGGCGACUCCUCUGCCCCCUUCUCCUAACCCCGAGCUCUGCCAGUGCAUGACUGCUUCCCUGACCUGCGUUGCCAAGGACACCAUUAGCGACAAGGAUCUUGGCAAGACCUUCGGUGUUGUCUGCGGAUACGAGGGCGUCUGCGAUGGAAUCGCCGCCAAUGCCACGACCGGUGACUAUGGCGCGUACAGCAUGUGCGAGGCCAAGGAGCAGCUCUCCUUCGUCAUGGACCGCUACUACCAGGAGCAGAAGGCCAAGGGCAACGGUGCUUCCGCUUGCGACUUUGGCGGUGCUGCCUCUACCAAGUCGCCCGAGCAGCCCACCGGCUCGUGCGAGAACCUGAUCAAGCAGGCCGGCUCUGCUGGCACUGGCACCGUGACCUCCGCCCCGACUGCCUCUGGCAAGACUUCAAGCGACGGCAGCGCUGUCUCCUCUUCCUCCGCCGGUGCUGCUCCCCACAUGGCCGGCCCCGCCAGCCUGGGCUUUGGCGCCUUCCAGCUUGGCGCCUACAUCGCCACCGCCAUGGUCGCCGGGGCUGGUAUGAUCCUCCUGUAA